UCGUCCCAGGGGACAAGCGAAACCAUCUCGAGGCCACCCGUCCCAGAGACAGGGAAAGUACAGGCGCUAGAGAACCUUCAGCAGUCCAUCACCUCACCCGUUGGCGGACAAGCUCUCUUUGUUGGCAGCCAGACUAUCAGGGAGGCGUUCAAGUUGAUGUCCUUACCGAAUAACGUUGUGGAAACUAUCCUUAAGUCACUGUCCGAAGCAACUGUCAAACAAUAUGGAGCAACGUACAAACGCUGGUUACCUUUCUGUGCAGAUAGGGGGGUGAAUCCGUAUGAGGGCACACCAUCUUUAGUGAUGAGUUUUUUACAACAUCUUUUUGAUACGGAAGAAAAUGCCUACGGAACAUUUAAUUCUCAUCGCUCAGCACUAUCGCUGAUCACGUCAACAGAUUUGUCGAUUCAUCCAGUCUUAUGCAGAUUUUUAAAGGGUAUAGCAAAACUUCGACCGUCAAGACCCAGAUACAAUGUAGUGUGGGACCCACAAGUAGUUUUAGCGUACUUGGAGCGGCUCGCAAUGGAUUCGUUAAAAGCAUUGUCCGAGAAGCUAAUAACUCUUUUAGCACUUACAACUGCUCACCGAAUACAAACUUUUUCGUUAAUUCGAAUAGAGAAUAUUAUAGAAUCGGGAAACGGAUUUCAAAUUUUGAUUGAAGAUAAGAUCAAGACAUCAGGGAUAGGUAGAACCCAACCGUGUCUACACCUUCCAUACUUUACAGAAAACCCAAAGCUUAGUGUCGCUACAGCUCUAAAACAAUAUUUGACUGCUACCAAGGGAAGGCGCACGUCAGUUAGAGACUUCCUAUUUUUAACCUAUAAGAAACCGUACCGCACUGCAAGCAAGCAGUCCCUUAGUAGAUGGGUGAAGGAUACGUUGGAAGAAGCAGGUAUAGAUACGAGAAUCUUUAAGGCUCACUCCACUCGCCAUGCUUCGACAUCUAAAGCCUUUGAUUUAGGUGUACCAUUAGAAGUAAUUCGGCAAACAGCGGGGUGGUCAACAAACUCGAAAACCUUCUGUCAGUUUUAUAACAGACCUAUUUCUCAGGUUGGCACACUAUCAAAAGCCAUAUUAUCAUUAUAAUGUAUAUAUAAUACAUCUUCUAUUAUAGAGAAUAA